ACGGGCGAGUCAGCUGAUGAGAUAAACAAACACGUCUAGAUUGCGGACAGUCCCCAGGAGCAGUUCUCGUCGGACAUGGAGGCUCAGAAGUAUGCUGGGAGCAUUCAGCUUCCAGAUACUGAUGUUGUGUUUAGGAAUAUAAAGAAUGCCAAGCGCUUUGCCAUUGACAUAGGGGGUUCGCUGACAAAGAUAGCCUAUUACUCUACAGUAUCCCACAGGAAGGUCUUAUACAAUACAGAAAAGGAAGCAACAAAUACUGUAGAUGGCGAUGAUUAUAAAUACGAGAGUUCAGAGACUGAGCGUUUGCACUUUGUGAAAUUUGAGACAAAAUACAUUGAACAAUGUCUGAACUUCAUCCGGGAUCAUCUGGUGAACAGCAAGGAGUCCAUGGCAGGAAAGAGUAUAAAGGCUACUGGUGGCGGAGCUUACAAAUAUGCUGACCUUAUCUACGAGAAACUUGGCUUAGCUGUAGAAAAAGAAGAUGAAAUAGGAAGCCUUAUAAAGGGAUGUAAUUUUUUGCUGCGUAACAUCCCUGAUGAGCAGUUUUCUUAUAGUCGGCAUGAAGAGCCUGAAUAUCGCUUCAUCAAUACUGAGCCCAACAUCUUCCCAUAUUUGCUUGUCAACAUUGGGUCUGGUGUCAGCAUUAUGAAGGUGGAAUCAGAUGACAAGUAUGAAAGGAUUGGAGGCACUAGCAUGGGUGGUGGAACCUUUUGGGGUUUAGGAUCCUUAUUGACCAAAGCCAAGGGAUUUGAUGAGCUCUUGCACCUGGCGAGUGAGGGGGAUCAUCGUAAUGUUGAUCUCUUGGUGAAGGAUAUAUAUGGUGGUGACUACAGUGCAUUAGGGCUGACUGGAGAUAUAAUUGCAUCUAGUUUUGGCAAGGCAAUGCACCAUGGACACACAAAGAAUGAUGGAAAUCCAGAUGAUAAGUGCAUGAAAUGUCAUCUGGCAAGGUAUUCAAGAGGUUUUUCGGAAGCAGACAUAGCAAGGAGCUUACUGUUCACAGUUAGCAAUGACAUUGGCCAGAUAGCCUCUCUCUAUGCAAUGCUUCAUGGACUGAAGAAGGUUUAUUUUGGUGGAUACUUUCUUCGUAAUCACCCACUCAGUAUGCACACCAUCAGCUUUGCCAUAAAUUACUGGAGUCGAGGAGCAGUGCAGGCACUGUUCUUACGACAUGAAGGAUACCUAGGGGCUAUAGGUGCAUUUUUACGAGGGGCUGAAGAGUGUGAUUCUGAGAAGUAUUCCUGGGGUGAGAACUAUGCUGGCUCUUCAGGGCUUCAGUCUCCAUUACCUCAUCCUCCUGUUGGAGGCUGGCCUGGUGGAACCAUUGAUCAGCUAGAGAUUGAUCGUUGUGAUCAGCAGCUAACAUUCUUCCCCUUACUUGCUCAUCCAGAAGAAUAUGUACCUGAUACUGUAGACCUUACCAAGGAUAAAGAAGCAAGAGACUACUGGCUGUCAUGCUUUGAAGGUUCACUUGGUAGCUUUGUCAGCCGGGCUGUCUCAUCCCAGCCAAAUAGCAUAGAUGCUGUGGAGAGAGCCAACAGAUUUCGUGAAAAGUAUUUGCAAAGGCUUCACAAUCUAAAGAACCAUCCAUUUGCAUAUGGUAACCUGACUGUGAGGAGCUUAUUGGACAUGAGGGAACAUUGUCUCAAUGAGUUUGAUUUUCCUGACCCGUACCUUCAACAGAAAAAGUUUGAAAAUGAAAAUGCCCUGAAAAUGUUGAAGGACCACCUGAAAUACCUUGAUUCCCUAGAAUGGAAGGAGCGUCAAGAAGUCCUGAUCAGGGGAGUACUAGCAGGAAAUGUAUUUGACUGGGGAGCCAAGGAAGUCGUAGAACUCAUGGAGGCAGGACUAGGUUUUAAGGAGGCUGCUGGGAAACUUGAAACUCGCCCGUGGCUUCAUGAUGAUCUGGAUGCUUGGAUUACUCGACAGGAGGGACGUCCAUACAAAUGUGCAGUCAUUUUCCUGGAUAAUUCUGGCUGUGAUGUUGUCCUUGGCAUUAUACCUUUUGCAAGGUCACUACUAGCCCAAGAUACUAGAGUUGUACUCUGUGCAAAUAGUAAACCUGCAUUAAAUGAUGUAACUGCUGAAGAGCUUAUUAUGCUUAUGAAGCAAGUUGCAACAGUGUGCCCUAUCAUAAACCAACAUCUUGAUUCUGGAACUCUUUGUAUACGAGAGUCAGGCCAAGCCUCACCGUGCCUUGAUCUAAGUCGCCUUCCAAUUUCGUUAUUGGAUGAAUUGUGUACAUGGGACUGUGACCUUGUUGUUGUGGAAGGAAUGGGAAGAGCUGUCCACACAAACCUUAAGGCUGUCUUCACGUGUGAUUCUCUCAGAUUAGCUGUUAUUAAGAACAGAUGGCUGGCAAACAGACUUGGCGGGAAUAUGUUUUCCGUUAUGUGCAAAUAUGAAGCUGGUAUGCAGAAAAUAAAUGCUGCUCCAAAAUCAAGCAAUAUAUCUGAAAAUGUUAUAAAAGACUGCUUGUCAGUAUCAAGCAACUAAGGAAAGUAUGUUAUUACCAUUUUUAUUGUACUGUAUAUUGCAAUAUAAAUUAUUUUAAACUGCAAUAGGAAAUAUACACAUAUCCAUAUAAGAGAUUUAUAUACAUUUGUUGCUUCAAUUUAAUUUUAAGUUUCCGUUUUUUCCGAGGACAAAGUUGUUCUUAUUUAUUACUAGAUGAUGUGAAAAUAUAUCUUAGUAUUUUUGGGAGUAAAUAUUUUGUAGUUAUGGUACUUGCAUAUCCAGAAUAAUGUCAUUUCUGAUGAAUUAAACCUUAGUUUUGUGUAUAUCACAAUUGUAAUGAUCUUUCUUUGUGUAACUGAAUACUGAUACUUAAGAGAUUGAAUAGGAUUUGUUUGAUAUAUCUGUGCUUUUAUGAUAUAUGAAUUAUGCAAAGGAAAAUGAGUUUUGUGUGGUUUUAGAUUCAUGACUGAUUUUCAAUGACUGGAUAUUGUAGAUGCAGUUUUCUUCCUUGUUUGUGAAAACAUGAGUUGUGUAUAAUAAACAGUGG